AUUGUCUUACACAAUCAAGGUCAAUGUGCCCUUGGAGGAGGAGAGUCAGCCUUUAACAGCAUUCGUGUCGAAAAAGGGCACAUUCCAGUACACCGUGGUUCCAUUUGGCGUGAAGAACAGUCUAAUCGUGUUCCAAAGGAUCAUGGACCAAAUCUUCGCCGGGAUCAUCGGCAACGGCGUCAGCGUGUAUAUUGACGAUAUCGUCAUAUGCGCAAACAACUUAGAUGUGCUGUUCGAAAGACUGAAGCAAGUCCUCGACCGAUGCUGCGCAGAAGGACUGUACCUGGGGCUGAAGAAAGGUGAAUACCUGAAGGACUGGGUGAAGAUGCUAGGCUACCUAGUAGGCGAGUUGGUGUUGUGA